AUGCAGUUUGACGAGGCACUCGAGGUCGUGGGAGACUUCGGCUUGUUCCAGUGGCUUCUCGUCGGUUAUCUGGCGCUGUUCGUGGUGCCGAUGCACGCCGUGCCGAUGUCGGCGCACGUCUUCACGCUGCUCGAGCCUCCGCACUGGUGCCGCCAGCCAGAACUCGAGGAGGCACUUCACCUGACCCCGGAGGCAGGUGCGAGAGCUGGCCGUGCCUCGCAUGCCGGAUGGAAGCUGGAGCAGGUGCACCGCGUACGAACUCAACCUGACAUCCCUCGAGACCUGCUGCCCGUGGUACCCUGUCGGUCCGGUUGGCACUACGACUACUCCCUCGUCUACCCCACCAUCGUGUCAGAGAUGGACUGGGUUUGCGACCAUAAUUGGAAAGUCUACGUCUCCCACUCGGUCUUCUUCGGCUCCAUGUCGGCAGGGGUCAUUUUCUUCGGCGCCAUCAGUGAUAGGAUCGGCCGUGUUCCCGUCAUGGCGACGGUAUACCUGAUCACUGGCGUGGGAGCAUUGGCCACCUACUUUUCCAACGACUUCUACAUCUUUCUAGUGACGCGUUUCAUCCAAGGUGGCGCGCUUCUCUCCAUUUGCAACAUCCCAUUUGUGCUUGCGCUGGAGUACAUGCCAGCCAAGAAACGCAUGUUCAUGCUGGGUGCCUUCAGGUUCGUCUACCCUCUGGUGGGCGCUGCCAUGCCAUGGGUGGCGUACGCCCUCGGCCACUGGCGCCUCCUGAACGCCGUCAUCAUGCUGCCCUGCGUAGUUGGCGUCAUCGUGUCCCCCUUUAUGCCGGAGUCCACGCGGUGGCUACUCUCAAAGGGAAGGACCGACAAGGCGAAGAAGGUUCUGCUUCGCAUCAGCCGAGUGAAUGGCAUGCACGUCCAACGCAACGCGUUAGAUUCUCUUCAGGCGCCUGAGAAGGGCGACAAUGCAACUGCGUCAACUGCGGCCAUCUUCAAGUACCCUUCCCUACGAAGGAGUUUCGUGAUAACGCUUUUCCUCCGGUGA